AUGUCAACAAGCCUCUGGAGUUCUAAAAGUUUUUGUCAGGUGACUUCGAUCCCGAGAUUCCGAGCGUGGCGGAAUAGCGACGAGGACUUCCAGGACCGGCAUCUACAACCGACUUUGAAGCACGGUGGUGGAAGCAUCAUAGUGUCGGACUGUUUCUCGCGGGCUGGGGUUGUAAACUUAGCGCUGGUCAACGGUAUCAUGAAUCGACAGUCGACAUUUUCAUACUACGAAGAAAACACCAGCAUUCUUCCGAUCACCCCGAAUCUUACCAAACCCCAAUGCCCGGAGUUGAGUCCUAUUGAGAAUUUAUGGGUGAUUUUGAACAACAAGGUGGACAAAUCUAACGUUACGAACAAGCAAAACUAUGUUGCUGCGUUGAAGAAGGCUUGGGACGAGCUGGAUCCCCAACAUGAUUCGUGA